AAUAUUUAUGUUAUGUAUAUUUUUGUGUUUUAAAUUUAUCACAUUGUGUGUGUUUGAAAUUUUUAACAUUGUAUUAAGUCUUUCAUAGUAUUUUUAUAAAAAUGAGUGAACAUGGAGCUGCAUUACAAACAUAUAAUCAAGAACUAGUAAAAUGUUUGGAGGAUAUAAAAAGAAAGAAAAAUGAAAUAGUUCAUUGUCUCCAUAGGGAAGAAGCAGAAAAACUAGUUUUAGAAAAAAACGUCAAGGUAUUGCAAGACAAAUUAAAAAUUUUGAAUCGAAAUAUAGAUCACCACAAAAGCAUAUAUGAACAGUAUGAUAAAAUCAUCAACGAAACUGAAAAUGGAUUUAGAAAGAUACUAGAAAGCAGCCAAACUCUACUACAAGUGGUUCAGCAACAAACUACUAGAAUAGACUCGAGACACAAUUCGAUUUCAGGUGUAAAUAAGUUGGAGCUUAAAGAUACUAUGAAUUCUAACCCCGUUUUUGACAAUUAGGUAGAUACAAUAAUAAGUGAAGAAAAGAGAAUUGAAACUUUCUAUGUUUUUUACCACUUUUAUUUGUAACUAACGUUACAGCUGUUUCGCC